CCUCCAACCGCCUCGUUGCCCCCAUUUUUUCGUCUUUCCUACUAGUUAUCGACCCAGCCACCACACCCCGGCUUCUGGAUCUCUCCCCUCGUUCAUCAUCACCACCUCUGCCGGCGACGCCUUCUCGUCGCCGCUCAGAUCUCCGAGGAUCCUCCCUCUCCACUCUUGUCGCCCGAUUCGCAUCUCGUGCCGCGGCUUUGGUUGCCUCCCCUGUUUACUUCUCUCGCCGUCACAACGCCGAUCGAAGGCGCUCCGAUCGCAUCUAUUUUCGGAUCGCAACAUUCGGUGGCUUCUUUCAUGUUCUUUUAUUGAGCUCGUGCCGCUCUCGAUUGCAAUUCCCUUUUCUGUUUGCAGGCCGCAUCGGAAUUGCGGUGCUUCGUACGGGCUCGUCCGUAAUCUCACACAGCCGACCGGCGUCUUUUACGCGCCAAACUUUCCGUUCACCGUGAACGCGACGUGUAGCGACUCGACUUUCUGGCCCUGUGCACGCGACGCGCUGCGCCUGGCCUUGCGAUCAUUCCACCACCGCUACACUCACCAUGGGUCUUCCGUGAGUUUUCCGCCCCCCGCGUCUGCCGUCCAUGGCCGUGACCUCGUACGCUCGUUGGCCUGUUCUCAGACUUUCAACUGCGCGAUCUGUGGACCACCUAAUACUCUGGUCGAUCCGCUGCAUCAAAGUCUGAAACGCUUGGCUGUGGCUCGUGGACCUGGCAUGUCGAAAAUAGCAACGUGACGAUUGCGACUCGCAAAGCUCUGGCCUACUGCUCUGAACUCGCAUGCUGAUGCCAGGCCCUCUCGCACAGACUUUUUGUUGCACCAGUCGAGUCGGAUCUCCCGUCCAAGGCCGCCAACAAGCAUGGCACAUCGUCUCCUCCUCGAUCGAGCAUCCGACGAGUGCGUCCCGAUUCUGGUGACCGCCGACAGGCACGCGCCGCCCAUGUUCGCAUAUAUGGUGCUGCGCCUCCGCGUCUGCCUCGCUCGAACCCGGACAGCUUUAUGCCUUGGGCUGAAUCUCCCGCUCCGUUGGAUGCAGUCUCUUCUUCAGAAUCGGCGUCACGACAGAGGCCAACGCUCCAGGAGUUUCGCGAGGCCCGACUCGGCCGACCAUGGGCCAACGGCGUACUGGGCAGACGGGCCCUGGACGCUCAGACGGAAGCCCAGGCGGAGUCCCAGGUCAACUCCAUCUUUGGCCUCGAGAUUGGCGGUCAGCCUCUAGCGCAGCGAGACGCAGAGCUCAGGGAUGCGGAGCAGCGUUUCUGGCACGCCGAUUCCCGACGGCUUGCGCGCGCUCGAUUUAAUACGACGUACCGGCGCGACCGGGGAUACGACUUCCGGCCCCCCCAGCGCGGCUCAGGAGCUACAGACGAUUUGACCAGAGCGGGCGGUUCUGUGCUGCCUCCCAAUACCCGAUCCUCGUCCCCACGUUACAACUCGCGCCUUCUGCGAAGCUCGCGGGACCGGAGAAACGCCAUGGCGCGCAACGUGUUCGGCCUGGACGGCCUAGGCGACCGCGAGCGCAGCCUCAGCCCGGAGGUAUGGGAUACGCUUCUUACGACCUUGACUCCCGAUCCUCAGCCGCCUAGCGCCGGCUCCUCAUUUGCUUCGGUUGCUGCGUCGCAGAGCCAGAGCGCUGGCCCAUCAUCGAGCACUCCCACCUCCGCCCCUGACAUCAUCGAUGGACCCGCAAUGGAUGGGCAGUGCGACUCUGACUGCGGCCACUCUGACGCGGAUAUGGACGAGGAUGAGGAAAAUAUUGACGUCUCCGGCAUGCGCUUGCGGGUCCCAAGUGGAAGAGAUGAGGCACGACAAACGAACCCGUACAAUCUCGACAGCAUCGUGAACGGGUCUGGAAGUCAUCCUGGAGCUGUACAGCCCCAGAGAAGCAGCAGCAGCAGCAACACCGCCGCCGCCAACAACAACAGCAACAACAACAACAACAGCGAAUUGGGCGCCCAGUUCGGCGACAUGUUUACGAGCAUCUCUGCCGACGUGCCUCGCCCGCCUGCCAGCAUUGCUAGGAUUCUACGCCAGCGCGAGCAAACAGCACAGCCUUACCAAUCGCAAGACCAGUCGGCUCAGCAAGAUGGCCCCGAGCGUGUGUUGAUGACGGAGGGCGUGCGGGCUGAAGGAGACGAGUCGCCGAUGCCACGCCAAAGCAACGGGGCGUCGGGUGUGACGUCGGGGGCUACAUCGGGUGGCGAAGAAGAUUGGUCGGGCAUGCAGCGCAUCGUGCGCAGCCUCGCGCGACGUGAAGACAUCCCAGACGAGUGGUGGGCUGAGGUUGGGCUUAGCCGGACUCUGCCUCAAGACGAGACGACAAAUGGGUAGGACACUUUGUCUCAGCAAUUGGGCUUGUCGAUGCUCUUUCGCCAUGACUAGCGAUGAGCGAGAUGGCGCAAACGUGGGCGUAUGUUGCCGGAUCGGAUGGGGAUGACAGGGAGAGACGACUUGUACAACAAUGUAUUGGGCGAUCAUGAUCCGGAGCUGAAUGGCAGCAUCCGGCGGCGUUUUCUGGCAGCAAAAGCCGGCCUAAGCUUGGAGUCUGGGAUUUUACCCCUGAGGUUGCAAUCACUUUGAUAGGGCUGAGACCUGGAUUUGCUUUUGAGGACUGGCAUGAAGCAAUGCCUCGGACGAUUGGUACGAAGUAUAUAGCAAGCAAGAGAGAGAGAGCGCCUUGAUGGCUG